CGCUGGACAACAAUGGAAACAUGGCAGCGCUGCGCAAAUGAAUGAAAAAUAAACACGAAAUGUGCGUAGUUUUCCCGGUGCUGUUGUUGUGAGGAGAUGUGCGUUUGUUUAGACUAAAACUGCGAAAUGGAGAACGAGAUUUUGGACUCGCUGGAGCAGAUCGGGUACUCGGGCCCUCUGCUGAAGGAGGGGGCUCUGCUGGGGGCCGCAGACGCCGGCCUGUCCUCCUCUGAGCUGCUGGAGCUCUGGGUGUGGCUCAGCUCCAGGCUCCAGGAGCAGUGUGGGCUGGAGGAGAGCAUCACCGCAGGGCACACGGAGGAGGAGAGCCUGCGUCUGGAGCUGAGGGGGCUGCUGAAGGAGCUGCACUGCCCGUUUGAGGAGCUCCUCUCUAGGCUUCUGAACGGGACCACGAAGCCCCGGGACGUCCUGCAGUGUGUGUUGUUUUUGUGCUCGGAGCUGCAGGCGGCUCAGAUCCUCAGCUCCAGAGGCUCCGCCCACAAACGCUCUGGAGAACGACCUGAGUGUGAGGAGCUCAGCCGCCUCUGUGAGAGUCUGCAACUCACACCAGCACCAGGAGAGGGCGCCACAGAGAUGCUGUCUCACAUACACAACAAGGUGCAGACCAGCCUGCAGAAGCUUCCUGGAGGCAGCUGUGGAGACCCGGUGCUGAAGACGAGUCUGAACUCAGAGCAGUGGGAGAAGCUGCAGCAGGUGAACCAGGUGCUGAACUCCGAGUACCAGAGCAGGAGGAAGAUGCUCAUCAAGAGACUGGACGUCACCAUCCAGUCGUUCGGCUGGUCAGACCGAGCCAAGGUGAAGGUGGACAGCAUGGCGCGGGUGUACCAGCCCAAGAGACACUCCCUCACACUCUCCUCCUCUGUGGACUUGAGCUCUGUGCUGGCCGCCAGAGAAGAUCUGUGCCACAUAGUGAAGACAAGCAGCGGCUCGAGUCGAGAGAAAACCUGCUGCGCCGUCAAUAAGGUCUUAAUGGGCAGAGUCCCGGACCGAGGAGGACGACCCUCGGAGAUCCAAGCCCCGCCCCCGGAGAUGCCGCCCUGGCAGAAGAGACAGGACGGGGGAGGAGGAGGGGGCUGGGGCGGCCGAGGAGGAGGAGGGGGCUGGAGAGGAGGAGGAGGAGGAGGAGGAGGAGGUGGUGGUGGAGGAGGAGGAGGAGGAAGAGGAGGCUGGAACCGAGGACACGGUGGACAUGGGGGACACGGCGGGUAUGGGGGAGGGUAUGGAGGACAGGGAAGACAGGGGGGAUAUGGGGGCUACGGAGGAGGACAAGGAGGACACGGAGGGAAGAGAGGACGAUACCAGUAUUAGCCCGCUUUAUUUACUGUAUUACCAAGAGACUUAAAGGUGCACUGUGUAACAUUUAGCCUCCACUUGUCUCCAUGGUGAUGUCGUUGUUUUGACUGCGAUGGUUCUAAAAUCAUCACCAGGCCACGUUCGAGGUCAGAUGUUUUUUAAAUGUCUUUUUUAGCAACAGAAACACUUAAUCGUGCAACUUAUACUUACUGUAUUUUUAGAACUAUAAGUCACUCCGGAGUAUAAGUCACACCUGCCGAAAAAUGUGUUAUAAAAAAGGAAAAAACAUAUAUAAGUUGCACUUUUUGGGGGAAAUUUAUGUUGUAAAAUCAAGAGACCAGGAACUGACUUUUUAUGUUGAAAGUGAAGUUCUAGUAAUAACAACAGAAGAGAGAACAACAGACUGUCAACGUCACAUAUGAACAGUUCUUCAGAUAAACUAUAACAGAAACAACAGAACAAGUUUAACAAACUCUCCAUCUCACUCCAAAUCACUAAAUCCAUCCAAUUCUUCAUCCUCGGUGUCACUUCUCAACCUCUGGAGGUAAACGGAGCAUCGUUUCCUCUUCUGUGUCGCUGUCGUCAGACUCGGCAUCAGUUCCAGUUAGAAUUAUUCCGGCCUUUCUGAAUCCCGACAAGAUGGUUUCCGUCGUCUUUGUUUAAAUUAAGUUGUCAGUGGUUCAGAAGUAAUGGUGUGAUCGACUGACAUGAUACAGACAGGACAGAGGCUCUUUCUUCUGCAGCCGACGUGGACAAUAGAGCGAAAUGAUGUACAGGAGCACACAAGACUAGAGCCUCUCAAGUUUUCAGUGUGAAUAUUUUAAUAUACAAGUCGCACCGGAGUAUUAAGUUGCAGGAAACACCCAAACCAUGAAAAAAAAGUGACUUGUAUACAGUAUUUUUUGGACUAGAACUUAUACAUUCUAGGCAAAGCCAGGGAGACAAACAAAAGUUGCACAAUGCACCUUUAAUGGAUCUUUAAUUACAAACGGAGACAGUCGGGUGCAGGUGUUAUUCUGGAACGUGGCUCGUUGCCUUUUUGUCAUAGGAAAACACGAGUAGUGAAACGCAUGCUUUUUAUGUGGAAAAUACAUAAUUAUGUAGUAACAUUUGAUAUGUACAACUGUGAAAAGAUGAAAUGAGCAGUUGAACAGUGUUUUUUUUUUGUAUUGUGUAGAUCUAGUUUGUCCCAGCAGAGGGCACCAUGGACUGAAUUUCUAAAUAAACAAUGACAUUAAAGUAA